AUGUCUCUACCGGCGAGAUCGGAGUACAAAAAUUGUGGAGCUGCUUGGGUUAGAGCAAGCAAUGGUCAAGUUCCACCAAAUGCUGUUCCGGGUGGACAAGAGGCCAAUGGUCAAACACUCUACGUUGCACGAUUUAUCACAAAAGAAGGUCAACUAUCUCCAGGCAAACUUGCUCCUCAGUACAGACAGGCUUAUGUUAGUUAUGGUGGUAAAGAACAAUCUUCCGCAGUCUAUCAAGUUUUAACUCAUCCCAAUCCACAAGAAUUAAAAUGGGUUUCUACUAGUGGAAAUAAUGUACCAACAGGAGCAUUACAAGGUGGAAGUGAUCAUGGAACUCCUUUAUUUAUCGGUCGAGCACCAUUUCAAGGAGGUGUAUGUUGCGGAAAAUAUGCGCCAAGUCAUGGUUGUGUUUAUUUGCCAUGGGGUGAACAAGAAAAUAGUGUACCGAAUAAUUUCGAAGUUUUAUGUUUGACUAAAAUUUGUGAAUAA